AUGGACUUUGUCAAAAAGGUAGCCAACGAGGUCGGGGGUGCCGGCCGGGACGGCGAGAACAGCCAGGCAGGCGGCGGCGGCAAGCUCAUGGAUUCGCUCAACAACAUGGCCGGUGGGGGCAAGCAGGGCGAGGCGAAUGAGGACGGCCUCGAUAAAGGUACGUACGUGAGCACACUGGCAAUGGCAAUGUUACACGGCAUCGGCCGUGCUACUCCAUGCGUGCGUCGCCCCAGCAGUACUCCGUACCGGUACAGCUUGAUAACCAGCUCCGAUCCAGCCGUCGACUUGGUCCAGGAAAAGGUCCUCGGCGAGGGCGACCAGUCCAACGAGAGCGCCGCAGAGCAGGCCAAGGACGAGGCCAUCUCCGACUUCAUACGUGACAAGUACAAGGAGACCACCGGCAAGGACUUCUUCAUCGCCGACAAGGACAAGAAGUACGGCGCCUAG